AUGACCGGUCAGAGGGUGAUGGGCAAGCAGACUCGUCCGCCUCAUCUUUCUGCAAUCACUGCUCAGCCCAAGGCUGUGUUCUGGUCCUCCGUCUUCGGUCAGCCUGCAAAAUGCCACGUUGAGGCUCGACUGUCGGCCACUUCUGCUGUGUUCGCAAUUCUGUACGGCUCUCUAGUGCGAAGAUCCUUUACAACCUAUCUUGCUCUCAAUCGAUCGGCAGCCCAGGAAAACGAGAUAGAAAGAACUAGUUAUAGCCGAAAAUACAGGAAAACCGGUGUCCUUUCAGUCGACUUUGUCAAGAACUUAUUCGUAGACAAUACAAAGGACCUCCGACAAAGUUUGGAAGACGAUCUCAAGAAACAAGGAUUUAAUAGCGAAGAUUUUCAAGAACUAGAGGGACUGCACAGUUACGUUCUCGCCUCCUCCAAGAAGCUGUACGCGAUCCUACUCUACUCGGGCCGUUCGGAGUGGAUUGUUGCUGCUUAUCGAUGCCAACCUCGCAUCGACGACCGGAUCUUUAGCAGAAAACAUGGCGCGGAGGCACCGCAAUGUUUACUUGAGGAUCUGCUUAAAACAGCAUUAGAAGAUAUCGCCGAAUAUGUUGUCAUGAACCAAUGGAUCAUACCUCCUGUCCUUACUCCUGACACUCAUCGAAAGUUCUCAUCAAAGCACUUCAGGUUUCCCUUCGUGAGAAAACCGAAAGAAGUUGGCCAUGGGUCGGGCGGUGUGGUAUGCCAGGUUGAAAUUGCACCUGGGCACUUGGAGGCAGAGGGUUAUGAGCCGGGCAGCCUCGUAGCAUACAAAACGGUCGGGGGGGAGGAUGGCGAACCUUGGUCAAAGAUAUUGCAGGAAGUCAACACCCUCCGUGCGCGCAAGCAUGAUAACAUUGUGCCACUGUUCGCGAGUUUCUCCGCACAAAGUGAAGAGCCUGUAACCGAGGACUCUUCGGAACAUAUCCUAUACAUGCUGUUUCCUUUCGCUACAGGCGGUGACAUGAGGAAAUGGUUGACUCUAGAGACUGCUCCAGAAGGCCUGAAUGAGACGCACGCCCGCCAAGACUUCAUAUUCCGCUCCAUGCAGGAAAUCGUUUCUGGAUUGGCAUACAUCCAUCGCGAGAUCGACCAGAUCAUAGGGGUUCAUCAUGAUUUGAAACCAAGUAACAUACUAUUGUUCUGUCACGGAACAGCAUAUUGCUGGAAGAUCUGCGACUUCGGCAAGGCGCACCUUAGGAGAGUGGAAGAUGGCACAGGAAUUUUGCACACUGAGGGCAAUGACUUCGGGACCUACGAGUAUCGACCCCCGGAGUACUUCACUGGCCAUGAUAAGCUGAACCUUGAGAAACAUGGCCGUGCCUUCGACAUAUAUGGCCUAGGCUGCGUGUUUCUAGAGUUGGCAACGGUUUACAAGUAUGGCUGGUCGCCGAACGGAUUACCCAGGUUCACCACGCUGAGACGAGAAAACACAAUCCACGCGUUCACUGGUCCUAUGCAGCGCCUAGUGAAAGGAAAAGAUCAAUCAUUCCACAAUAACACAAAUAUCGUCAGGCUUUGGAUAUCCGAUCAUUUGAAAAUGAAUAACAACGAUGCCCACUUUAGCACGGUUGUUGAUAUGAUUAAGUCCAUGCUUAAAAGUCGGAAACAGAGAAUAUUUGCGUGGGAGGUGGACAUGGAGCUUUACUUCAUGCGCAAUCGAGAUGAAAAGGAAGAAGUACUGAAGACCAGAUUUCGAAAUCUUGUGCAAGGAGCCAGAGCACCUCUCACUGCUCUAGACAAUCAACACAAUCCGUUACGUAGAGCUAUAUCGAAGGAUAGACCAGUCUGGUGGAAAACCAUUCUUGAAGAGCACAAUUGGUCGAACAACGAGCCGACGACCACAGGAGAGCUAGCUCGAAGAGAGAGGGCGGGGAAUCUGUGUUCCAAGCCGCGCUACUCGACACUGAGUGAUUAUGCCCUACCGUUCGAUUACCAACAUAAUAGGUUUUUCAGCCGCCAUAAGAUCGAUGCGAAGAUCACGAAAGGCUUCAAGGAGUCAAAUUGCGUUGGACUGUGGGGACUUCCCGGCGUAGGGAAGUCACAUUUGGCAUAUCGCCACGCGGACAGAUAUCGCGAUCCUGCUCGGCCAGAAGAUAGAAAGCACACGUUUUGGGUUAACGCGGCAAAUCGAGGCGAAUUCGAUCUAUCGCUGAAAGCAAUAUACAACAAGAUAAAUGCUAGUGACCUAGAAGCUGAAAGAAAGAAUACCGUCGAUGUGAGAGAUUGGCUAACUGAAUGCGAUAACGGGCCCUGGAUAAUGGUAUUGGACAGUCUCGAUGACGAGGAUUUUGCAAAGAGGGUUGCAGAAGAACUGCCCACAAACUGUGGGCAGAUAUUGAUCACUACAGUGAGCAGGGCUAUCUGCAAACAUUUCAUGGCAUUUCAGGAGGAGGUGUGCCUGCAAGUCAACAAUCUGGAAUUAGAGGAUCGGCGAGCCAUCUUCCGUUAUUACAACCGGGACCCUGUCAUGGACAAUAAGAACAUCUCGAACUAUCUUCUGGAAAAAAUAUAUCUGCCUGAUCAUACCAAAUUUGUAGCCACAUACUUGGCACAGUACUCAAUCUCUGCCGAAAGACUCUACCAUGACCUGAAAGCUGGAAGACGAGAAACAAUCCAUGACGCAGUCAAGGCUGGGUACAGCGAUAAGAAGCGAGGCAUUACACCCGCAUUUUACGCUGAUAAAUUAUUCAGCUCACUCAUUCGCGAGUCUGCACUCCGCCGGAAUGAGAAGGAUCCUUCAGGACUAUGGCCUUGUGAUGACAUGCAUGUGUUAGGGAAGCUCUCUUGCCUCGGCCAGGACAUGCAUUCACCCUUGAUCGAGAUGAUGUCUGAAGGUCAUAGCCGAUUCGACAAGAUGCUUGGGGAGUUGAGGAAUCUAUCAUUUCUAACCCAGGACAAGCAAAACAACUACUACAUGCCCGAAUUUCUCCAUGGAGCCGUACACGACUGGGUCGAAGAGCGAUUAAGCAUUGUCGAAUUGCUCAAACUACAUGAGUUCGCGUUGAAGAUUUUGCUUCGCCUUUAUCGAAAGGAAACAAAAGGGGACUUCACUCCAGGAGCUAGCAGACGCGGACAAUACUGUUACCUUCGCAUGGUGAAAUUCAGGGCGCACUUCGACCGCUUUCUGGACUUCGUACGGUCAAAGGGCCAACAGCCAGUAAAAUACGGUGUCUCCAACGACAUGGUCGAAGCUGUGCACACAUUCUCUCAGCUGUAUCUAGACGACGCGUACUAUGAAGCCGCAAUUGACGUUCUUCGGUUCAUGUUCAACCACUAUCGAGAACAAAAGUACCGUUCACCCCUCCGCCACCUCCUGACCCAGGCGUACAUUUCAUCAUCGUCUGGAACAGCCGAACAGCAUCGAGAGGAAGCAGAGUUCCUACUGAAGGAUCUAGAAACAGAAGCAAAUAGUCAAGACAACGAAAUGGAGCGAGUUAAAUGGACUCUCCUGUCUGCUCAGCUUUGGAAUAAGUCUUCGCGGCCAGACGAGUCGCUCGCGUUGUUGACAGGAUCUUGCGACCUACAUCUCACUAUUAAAAACGGGGAGCCAAUACUUGCUGCUCCACAGAAAUGGAAAGUAAAGAAGGCACGCACUUACGCGAUCCGUUUGCAAAUAGAGCAAGCACGAGCUCACCUAGCGAAAGCUCGACUCACAAACGCCGAUCAGGACGAACGCAAACAGCAGCUUGGCAAGGCUUUCAGUAGCCUCCAAGUCGCUCGGAGAGCUUCGUCUCACUGGUUUAAGGAAGAGCACAGCUCGUUGCUUCUAGAGAUUGAGGAGAUAGACGCUGAUGUAUCAUUCGAAACCGGUGAGCCGGACGCGCUACACAAAGCUGCAGAAUUUCUGGCGUCACGUGUCGAAGCUGUCGAAUCCGAGUGCAAGAUGAAGGAUCGAGCAGAAAUACAUAAAUGGGAUCUACAGUGUAAACUCGCUCGUGUCUGGGCUGGUUCAUCCGAUACCGAGCUCCAAAAGAAAGCAGCUGAUACGCUGGCGGGGCUGCUCAAAGAUUAUAGAGACCAAUAUGGUAAACUCCAUGGACACACCUUGCGUUGCGCUGAAUACCUUGCUAAAGCCCUCGAAGUCGCUGGCAAUCACGAGGCCGCGCAACAGAUCAAAAGGGAAUUUCAAUGGAAAGCUGCCCAGUAGUCUUUAAGCUUGAGGCAAAAGAAGGAAUGGGCUUUGUAUAAUGUUAUAUUACUGUGAGAAUGCGCUGUAUAGCUGGCGUUGCUUUAUUGAUUGAGUAAAAUGUGUCUUGCCUAGGUACUUUUAGGAUGCCAGAGUACUAGGAUGCCGAGCAUAGAAUUAAUCCAAUCGGAUAUAGCUAUUCUGAACUAGUAGCCAUGUCUCUCAAUG